GCUGAGACUUAUUUCCUGAGUCAGUCUGAGAUGAGACUAGAUUUAUUUUGCCCUGCCCCUGGAUCCCUGACUCCUUCCUCCGGCACUCCCUGCCCUGGAAUGUCUGCAACUUGAGACUCCGUAAGCCCAUAGUCCAAUAGAAAAGCAGAACCGAUUCCCACCUCCUCCGGCCUAGACUAGGAGGGUUCAGAAAACUCAAACUAGCAAGAUCCAGGUUGGCCUGCUCUGGAUACCACCCAGCACCAUGCCUGCCACACUGGGUUACUGGGACAUCCGUGGGCUGGCUCACGCCAUCCGCCUGCUCUUGGAGUACACAGACACAAGCUAUGAGGAGAAGAGAUACACCAUGGGGGACGCUCCCGACUUUGACCGAAGCCAGUGGCUGAAUGAGAAGUUCAAGCUGGGCCUGGACUUUCCCAAUCUGCCCUACUUAAUUGAUGGAUCUCACAAGAUCACCCAGAGCAACGCCAUCCUGCGCUACCUUGCCCGCAAGCACAACCUGUGUGGUGAGACGGAGGAGGAGAGGAUUCGGAUGGACAUUUUGGAGAACCAGGCUAUGGAUACCCGCAUACAGUUGGCCAUGGUUUGCUACAGCCCUGACUUUGAGAAAAAGAAGCCAGAGUACUUGGCGGGUCUCCCUGAGAAGAUGAAGCUCUACUCUGAGUUCCUGGGCAAGCGACUUUGGUUUGCAGGGGACAAGAUUACCUACGUGGAUUUCCUUGUUUAUGAUAUCCUGGACCAGCACCGAUUAUUUGAGCCCAAGUGCCUGGAUGCCUUCCCCAACCUGAAGGACUUCAUGGCCCGCUUUGAGGGCCUGAAGAAGAUAUCUGACUACAUGAAAAGCAGCCGCUUUCUCUCCAAACCAAUCUUUGCAAAGAUGGCCUUUUGGAACUCAUAGGACAAGAAAGCCCAGAACUGGGGGACCUGCUGGCUCCAGCUCUGUGUCCCUAUCAAGUGUUGUUUUCUUCUUUCUUCUUCCGAUUCCUCCAUUACUUCUUACAAGCCCUUCCUUCAGGCAAGCCUCUGGAUCCUUGGACUCCCCAUUUCUGCAUCAGUCUCCUGCUCCUAUUCCUUUGCCCUGCCCUGCAUCCAGCCCUUUCUCCUUGCUGCUUAGAGGAAUGUACCAGACCCCAGAAUCUCCACUAAGGCCUGAGAGAUCAGACCUGCCUAUGUGCUGGUCCUGGUCCUCAGAGUGAGCAACUGAGUCCUGUCUCAUCCCCAGUAAAGUCUGAAUGACAUUU